AUGAGUACUGAAAGUGGAAAAGAUGCUCAGACCGGCAACACCCAGGACAAGGUGGGUGAUAUUCAAAGUCAGAUCGAUGAGAUCAAGUCCAAUUUGAGUCGUUUGACUACGAUGGUUGAGGAGGUUUUCCAAGACCGUGGCUCUCGUAAUUGGGUACGUGAAGACUAUCGUGGACGUCCCUAUAAGAAGAGCUGGGGUAAAAGCUAUGGCUCUGAUGACGGUUGGCAUAAGAAGGGUGAUGAUGGUUGGAAUAAGCGCCACUCGAGUGGUAGCUCUGGCAGUCGUUG